AUGGAGCCCCAGCGCCGGGAGCUGCUCGCUCAGUGUCAGCAGAGCCUGGCCCAGGCCAUGACGGAGGUGGAAGCCGUGCUCGGGCUGCUGGAGGCCGCGGGCGCGCUGAGCCCCGGCGAGCGGCGGCAGCUGGACGAGGAGGCGGGAGGCGCCAAGGCGGAGCUGCUGCUCAAGCUGCUCCUGGCCAAGGAGCGGGACCACUUCCAGGACCUGCGGGCGGCGCUGGAGAAGACGCAGCCUCACCUGCUGCCCAUCCUCUACCUGAACGGCGUGGUCGGGCCGCCGCAGCCCGCCGAGGGCGCGGGCUCCACCUACAGCGUCUUGUCCAUCAUGCCCUCAGACUCCGAAAGCAGUGGUUCCCUCAGCAGUGUGGGCACCACUGGGAAGGCACCAUCCCCGCCACCCCUCCUCACCGACCGGCAAGUCAAUGAGAAGGUGGAGAACCUCUCCAUUCAGCUACAGCUGAUGACCCGAGAGAGGAAUGAGCUGCGGAAGCGCCUGGCCUUUGCGACUCACGGGACGACCUUUGACAAAAGGCCCUACCACAGGCUGAAUCCUGACUAUGAGAGGCUGAAGAUCCAGUGUGUUCGGGCCAUGUCAGACCUGCAGAGCCUCCAGAACCAGCACACCAACGCCCUGAAGAGGUGCGAGGAGGUGGCCAAGGAGACUGAUUUCUACCACACACUCCACAGCCGGCUUCUGAGUGACCAGACCCAGCUGAAGGAUGAUGUGGACAUGCUAAGGCGGGAGAACGGGCAGCUACUGCGGGAGCGGAACUUGCUACAGCAGUCAUGGGAGGACAUGAAGCGGCUCCACGAGGAGGACCAGAAGGAGAUUGGUGACCUCCGGGCCCAGCAGCAGCAGGUGUUGAAGCACAACGGGUCAUCCGAGAUCCUCAACAAGCUGUACGACACGGCCAUGGACAAGCUGGAGGUGGUCAAGAAGGACUAUGAUGCCCUGCGGAAGCGGUACAGCGAGAAGGUCGCCAUCCACAGCUCGGACAUGAGCCGCCUGGAAAAGCUGGAGGAGGAGAACCAGCGCCUGCUGAAGCAGACGGAGAUGCUGACCCAGCAGAGGGACACGGCCAUCCAGCUGCAGCACCAGUGCGCCCUCUCCCUGCGGAGGUUCGAGGCCAUCCACCACGAACUGAGCAAGGCCACAGCCCAGAACAAGGAGCUGCAGUGGGAGCUGGAGCUGCUGCAGUCGGAGCUGACAGAGCUGAGGAGCGCACAGGCCAAGACUGCCAAGGAGUCAGAGAAGUACAAGGAAGAGCGAGACGCGGUGUACAGCGAAUACAAGCUCAUCAUGAGCGAGCGGGACCAGGUCAUCUCCGAGCUGGACAAGCUGCAGACCGAGGUGGAGCUGGCCGAGUCCAAGCUCAAGAACAGCACAUCCGAGAAGCAGGCAGCCAGCGAGGAGAUGGAGGCGCUGCGGCAGAUGAAGGACACAGUGACAAUGGAUGCUGGGAGAGCCAACAAGGAGGUUGAAAUUCUCCGAAAGCAGUGCAAGACUCUGUGCCAGGAGCUGAAGGAAGCCCUCCAGGAGACAGAUGUGGCCAAGUGCCGGCGGGAUUGGGCCUUCCAGGAGCGGGACAAGAUCGUGGCAGAGCGUGACAGCAUCAGGACGCUAUGUGACAACCUGCGGCGGGAGCGGGACCGGGCCGUGAGUGAGCUGGCCGAGGCCUUGCGAGGCCUGGAUGACACUCGCAAACAGAAGAAUGACGUCAUCCGGGAGCUUAAGGAGCUCAAGGAGCAGAUGGAAUCCCACCUGGGAAAGGAGGCCCGGUUCCGGCAGCUGUUGGCCCACAGCUCCCAUGACUCAGCCAUCGACACGGACUCCAUGGAGUGGGAAACGGAAGUUGUAGAAUUUGAGAGGGAGACGGAGGAUAUUGACUUGAAGGCUCUUGGGUUUGAUAUGGCAGAAGGUGUGAAUGAGCCCUGUUUCCCAGGGGACUGUGGCAUAUUUGUCACUAAAGUGGACAAAGGAAGCAUUGCUGAUGGCCGAUUAAGGGUCAACGACUGGCUGCUGAGGAUCAAUGACGUGGACCUCAUCAACAAGGACAAGAAGCAGGCCAUCAAGGCGCUUCUCCACGGGGAGGGGGCCAUCAACAUGGUGGUGCGGCGGAGGAAGUCCCUUGGGGGCAGGGUUGUCACACCACUGCACAUCAACCUGUGCGGACAGAAAGACAGCGGCAUCAGUCUGGAGAAUGGAGUGUACGCUGCUGCCGUGGUGCCCGGAAGCCCUGCCGCCAAGGAAGGGUCCCUUGUGGUGGGAGACAGGAUCGUCGCGAUCAAUGGCAUUGCCUUGGACAACAAGUCUCUGAAUGAAUGUGAGUCUCUGCUGCGGAGCUGCCAGGACUCCCUGACCCUCUCCCUGCUGAAGGUGUUCCCCCAGAGCUCCUCCUGGAGCGGCCAGAGCAUCUCUGAAAACCUCAAGGACUUGGAAAAGGUGUUGAGUUUUCGAACCCAGGGUCCGGAGGUCCAGGCUCACAGCAAGCGAAGCUUGUUGCAGCACAACAACUCCACGCAGACAGACAUUUUCUCCCUGGACAGGCUGGAGCACAGGAAGGAGGCAGGCCCCCCAAGAGGCAGCAGCUCCUUCCUGCACAAGCCCUUCCCUGGGGGACCCUUUCAGGUCUCACCCCAGGCCUGCCCCAGCGCCUCUGAGCGCAGCCUGAGUUCCUUCCGCUCAGACCCCUCUGGGGAGAGCAGCUACGGGCUGGUGGAGGGUCGCAGCCGGCGGUCCCUGCUGCCGUUCGAGGCUGAGGUGAGCACUUGUGGGGCGGCAGAGGCCCCCCUGGACAAGACGGAGCCCGAGAGCUCCAGCAGUGGUGGGACCUGGCCCAAGGCCGCGCUUAGCUCAGGGCCAGAACCUGAGAAGCUCUCCGUGUACAAGAAGCCAAAGCAAAGGAAGUCCAUCUUUGACCCGAACACUUUCAAACGCCCCCAGACGCCCCCCAAAAUAGACUACCUGCUUCCGGGCCCUGGGCCUGCUCGCUCCCCCCAGGCCUCCAAGAAAGUGGGGCCUCUGACACCCCCAAAACCUCCCAGAAGAAGUGACUCUAUUAAGUUCCAACACAAGCUAGAGACCAGUUCUGAGUCGGAGGCCACUCUGGUGGGCAGCUCCCCGUCUACCAGCCCCCCGAUGGCCCUGCCCCCCAACCGGGACCACGCAGAGUCCAUGCACGCAUCGUCCCCUCGCAAGGGCAGGGUCCGCAUUGCUUCCAGCCACCACCCCGAAGGCGAUGGGGACGCCUCCUGCCUACCGGCCAAGAAGUCCUGUGAUGAGGACCUCACCUCCCAGAAGGCAGACGAGCUGGGGCAGAAGCGCCGCAGGCCCAAGUCUGCUCCCGGGUUCCGUCCCAAGCUGGCUGUGGUGGACGCUCCCACCCAGUGCCUGGAGGAGCAGAAGGGCAUCCCGGCCAGUGGCGAGCUCCCUGCAGAGCUCCAGGAGUGGUCUCCUUACUCGCCAGUGCAUUCCAGCCGCCAUAGCAACCUCCCGCCCUACCCCAACAGGGCCUCUCUGGGCACUGUUCCCCGGAGCGUGACGCUGAGCACCACCGUAAGCUCCUUCCUGAGGGACCCCGUCUACGCCAUGCGGAGCCACAGGAUCGGCCUCUGCAACUCUCCAUCCGUCCCCAGAGAGGGUGGCACCCAGGGUUUUCAUCCCAGUGUCCAGCACCAAGUACGCCUGAGCCUGGACCUGAGCCAUAGGAUCUGCAGUGACCACUCGGAGAUGAGAGCCUGUCACGGGUCCAACUCCCUGCCCUCCAGCACCCGCCUUGGCUCUUCGAGUAACUUGCAGUUUAAGGCAGAACGCAUUAAAAUCCCAUCAACGCCAAGAUACCCCCGGUCUGUCGUGGGCUCCGAUAGAGGCUCCUUGUCACAUUCGGAAUGCAGCACUCCUCCUCAGUCACCCCUGAGCAUCGACGCCUUGUCCUCUUGUAGCCAGUCCCAGGCCUCGGUCUCCACAUUGCCUAGAAUUGCUGUCAACCCUGUGUCCCUUGGGGAAUGGAGAAAGGACAGGCCUUAUGUAGAGGAGCCACGCUACGUCAAGGUGCAGAAGGGCUUGGAGCCGCUGGGGAUCUCCAUUGUGAGUGGAGAGAAGGGCGGUAUCUACGUCUCCAAGGUGACCAGUGGAAGCAUCGCUCACCAGGCUGGCCUUGAGUACGGAGAUCAGUUACUCGAGUUCAACGGCAUCAACCUGCGGAGCGCCACAGAGCAGCAGGCCCGGCUCAUCAUCGGGCAGCAGUGUGACACCAUCACCAUCCUGGCCCAGUACCACCCGCACAUGCACCAGCUCAGCAACCACUCCCGGUCCAGUUCCCACCUGGACCCUGCUGGCAACCAGUCCACUCUGCAGGCCAGUGGCACCACCACCCCAGAGCAUACGUCUGUCAUCGACCCACUGAUGGAGCAGGAUGAGAGUCCAGGGACCCCUCCAGCCAAGCAGAGCACAUCCAGCUCCAGGACUGCUGGUGACACCAACAAGAAGGCCCCAGAGCCACGCAUCGUCUUCGUCAAAAAGCCUCAGCUGGAACUCGGGGUGCAUCUAUGUGGUGGGAACCUGCACGGGGUGUUUGUGGCUGAGGUGGAAGACGACAGCCCUGCCAGGGGCCCUGAUGGCCUCAUGCCGGGGGACCUCAUCCUCGAGUACGGCACGCUGGACGUGCGGAAGAAGACAGUGGAGGAGGUAUACGUGGAGAUGCUGAAGCCCAAGGACGGCGUCCGCCUGAAGGUGCAGUACCGCCCCGAGGAGCUCGCCAGGGUCAAGGGCCUGCCCGGGGACGGCUUCUACAUCAGAGCCCUGUACGACCGGCUGGCAGAGGUGGAGAAUGAGCUGAGCUUUAAGAAGGACGACAUCCUUUAUGUGGACGACACCUUGCCCCAGGGCACAUUUGGCUACUGGAUGGCCUGGCAGCUGGAUGAGAACGCCCAGAAGAUCCAGCGUGGGCAGAUUCCCAGCAAAUAUGUGAUGGACCAAGAAUUCUCCAGGAGGCUCAGCAUGUCCGAAGUCAAAGAUGACAGUGCCGUCAAGACACUGUCAGCAGCUGCGCGCAGGUCUUUCUUUCGCAGGAAACAGAAACACAAACGCCGUGGAUCCAAAGAUGGGAAAGACCUCCUUGCCGUGGACACCCUCUCCAAUGACUCUCUUCCCCUCUUUGAAGAUCUGGUGAGCCUGGCAUACCAGCGAGUGCAGAAAGUGGACUGCACCACUCUGCGGCCAGUCGUGAUUUUGGGGCCCUUGAUGGAUGUGGUGAAGGAAAUGCUGGUGAAUGAGGCACCCGGGAAAUUCUGCAGAUGUCCCCUUGAGGUGAUGAAGGCCUCGCAGCAGGCCAUUGAGCGGGGUGUCAAGGAUUGCCUCUUUGUUGACUAUAAGCGGAGGAGCGGCCACUUCGACGUGACCACAGUGGCUUCAAUAAAGGAGAUCACGGAAAAGAACCGGCACUGUCUCCUGGACAUCGCCCCUUACGCCAUCGAGCGGCUCCACAGCGUGCACAUCUAUCCCAUCGUCAUCUUCAUCCACUACAAGAGUGCAAAGCAGAUCAAGGAGCAGAGAGACCCCGUCUAUCUGCGGGACAAGGUGACCCAGAGGCAUUCCAAAGAGCAGUUUGAGACGGCUCAGAGGAUCGAACAGGAGUACAGCAAGUACUUCACAGGAAUCGUCCAGGGAGGGGCCCUGUCGAACAUUUGCAUUCAGGUCCUGGCCACGGUCACUCAAGAGCAGAAUAAAGUCCUGUGGAUCCCGGCCUACCCGUCGUAGAGCACUGUGCUGUGGAGGGCUGCUGUGACCCCACCAGCGGAAAUGUGGAAAUAGGGACACGUCUGUACAUAAAUGUGGAGGGAAGGACGGGGGGCAGCGGCUGAGGCAGCCCCCGGCCCAGGCCAGCAGACAGCAUUCCUCUCACUUGCGUGCUUUAAGACACAGCCAGCCAGCGACACAACAGACGUUCCAUAGCGGUCUCAGCAGCGGCUUUUCUUUGGCCAGCCGACCAGAGGUGCUGCGAGGAUACCCUUCCAUCUCACAAGUUUACAAGCCUCUGUCAAGCAUUUGGUGGUUUAUGUUUACUUGAACGGCUUCCCGUUGUCAGUGCCCAUCCCCUGUCCCCUCUGCCCACCCCUUCUGUCGCUCUGGCACUGUUUUUUGUUCUUGUUUUCUGUGAAACAGCUCUGCAGCCUCACUGGGGAGCUGCUUUGCUUUAGGGGGGUUCUAGUUCUGUGGGACCAGCGCUCUGACUCGGCGGCGCCCCCUCCUGGAAGAGCGAUGUGGUGACAGCACAUGCUUAGCCCGUGGGAGGCAGCCGAGCCAGGGCCUCUGUGGGGUCAGCCCAGCAGCGUCCUCCUGCACGGGGAAGAUGACUGUGGCAGCCUCACAAACUCGUCUCGGACUUUCUCUCCUGCCUUCCAUGUCCUUGCGUUUUCUUUGCAUGUGCACUUAUUAUUUAAGCGCUGCAUCUGGUCCCCCGAGCCCUGGGGGUUCACGAUGACACAGUGAGGCUCAGGCAAGGGGUUAAGCUCGGGCUGAUGUGUGCCACGGGCCCCGUGGUAGGUUCUGUAAAUACUGACAGCCUUUGUCAGCACCAUUUUUGCAGGGUAAUUCAUAAUCUUUAUGUUUGAGAGGGUGGCAAGGAUGUCAGCCCUUUUUAACAUGAAAACAUUCGUAUUUCAGACUUUGAAUCAUCAGCUUUGAGGGGAAGCAGCAUGAUUUGUGUUGCCACUGUCACAAGUAAAAACAGGGGUCUUUUUAGUCUGGGUCACAGCCCUCAAGGCACACCCCCUGCUCUGUGAGCAUAUCAUCGUUUGGGGUCUGUUUUUGCACUUCGAUGCUGGGUGGCUCCGGCCGAAACCGUGUGUCCCACUCUGAGGUACCGUACUGGGCCCCUGUGUCAUUGGAGCCAGGCCCACGUUUUAAAACUGUUCCUGACAUUUCACUUUAUUAGCAGGAAAUCUCUGAUUUCAUUUUUUCUUUGUAAUUCUAGGCGCUAGAUUGUAGUUUAGCAAUUACUGACAUUUUUAAAAAAGGGAUAUAUUUUCUUGCACAGUCGUUCAAAAGAGAGAAGUUUCAGUCCUCAGUGCUGUCCUUUGUUUGACAGGUACACGUUUUCUAGCUCAGACAACUAAGAAAAACUGUAGACUAUGUCUCCACCUAUUCCUUUGAUACCCUUGGGAGGGGGGUUUUCUAGAUUGUGGAUAGGGUGGGACAGCGAUGGUACGCAGACAGGUACUGUUCAGACAGACUGGCAUUUUCUGUACUAAAAUGUUACUUUGUAUCAAAAGCUAAACAGACUUUAGUACAACAAAUAAAGGUCAAUUUCUGUAACUGGUUGUGAACGAAGAUGUCUGUGUUUCACUUGUACUUCCUCUCUCCUGCUCUCUCGGUG